AGCUGGGAGCCCAAUUAAAACGGUUCCCGCUGAUGAACCGAGCGGAACCGGUUCGGGAUCGCAGCUAGACUUGGCUAAGCUAGUUGGCAUUGUAUAUUUCAUGCAGCUCGUUAACUUUCACUUCGGCUACGAGGGGCGGAGACCAAGGCAAAUCGCAAUAGAGCACUGGGACUAGGAGUAGCAACGAUUAGGAUCGGGUUCACGAAAGCGGGAGUGAUGUGAAGGAUAUCAACGCCCAGAAGAUGGCAUCCAAAUACGAGCGCAUACUAAGCGAUUGCAGGGCGAAGAACGUGCUGUGGGAAGACCCCGAUUUCCCCGCGGUCCAGUCUUCGGUCUUCUACUACCAAACACCGCCGUUCACCUUCCAAUGGAAGCGCAUCGUGGAUCUGGCGGAUGGUGGCUCCGGUACGGUGGCUGCAACCAGUGCGGGACCAGUGUUCCUCAACGAGACGGCCGAAUUCGAUGUGGUGCCUGGCAAAAUGGGCGAUCGCUGGCUGGUCUCCUGCCUGGGACUGUUGAGUUCCCUGAGGAACCUCUUCUAUCGCGUGGUGCCCGCCGAUCAGACCCUAGCCAGUGCCCACGGCGUCUUUCGUUUCCGGUUGUGGUGGUGCGGCGAGUGGGUGGAGGUGCUCGUCGACGACCGUCUGCCCACCAUCAAUGGGCGACUGGCGUUCAUGCAGCCGCAGGCAUCCAAUUGCUUCUGGGCCGCCCUGCUGGAGAAAGCGAUUGCCAAGCUGCACGGCUCCUAUGAGGCUCUUAAGUAUGGCACUCGUUCCGACGGACUCACCGAUCUCCUGGGCGGCGUGGUGCGGCAAAUGCCCAUCUUGGCGGACAGCAUCCGACCGCAGACGCUCAAGGAGCUCCUUACCACCACCUGCAUUGUCACCUGCUUGACGGACAAGAGCGGCACCGUGGCCAAGAAGAAUCUCGCCGAGCGCAUGCCCAACGGGAUCCUGGUGAACGUCAACUACAGACUUUCCAGCCUGGACAAGGUGAAGACUCUGAUGGGUGACUCGGUGCAGCUGGUGUGCCUGAAGGACACGUUCUCCAGCAAGCCCUUCGGCGAGAAGACGCACUUCCUCGGUGACUGGUCACCGAUGUCCAAGACGUGGGAGCGAGUGUCGCAGGUGGAGCGGGCGCGUCUCAUCCGGCAACUGGGUCCCGGCGAGUUCUGGUUGUCGUUCUGCGACUUUGUGGAGAUCUUUAGCACCAUGGAAGUGGUAUACCUGGACACGGAGACGUCCAAUGACGAGGAGAUGCUCAAGAGUCGUCCGCUGCACUGGAAGAUGAAGAUGCACCAGGGUCAGUGGAAGCGUGGCGUCACCGCCGGUGGUUGUCGCAAUCACGAGUCGUUCCACAUCAAUCCCCAGCUGCUGAUAUCGGUGCAGGAUGAGCAGGAUCUGGUGAUUGCCCUCAAUCAGCACACGGCCGUGGAGCCGAAGGUGAUUGGCUUUACGAUGUACACAUGGGAUGGCGAGUACAUGCUCAGCGAGUGCCUGCAGAAGGACUUCUUCAAGAACCACGUGAGCUACCUGAAUUCGGAUUACGGGAACACGCGGCACGUUAGCUAUCAUACGCACCUGGAGGCGGGUCACUACGUCCUCAUACCGACCACCUAUGAGCCGGCGGAGGAGGCACAUUUUACGGUCCGCAUCCUGGGCACCGGAUCCUUCCGCCUCUCCUGCCUGGAGACGCAGACCAUGAUACUGCUGGAUCCGUUUCCGGCACUCAAGAGCACGGAUGCCGAGCGAUGCGGCGGCCCAAAGGUAAAGAGCGUGUGCCAAUAUGAGCCCGUGUACAUGCAACUGGCCGAUGAGAACAAGACCAUUAACUGCUUCGAGCUGCACGAGCUCCUGGAGGCGUGCCUGCCCAAUGAUUACAUCAAGGGAUGCGCCAACAUCGACAUCUGUCGCCAGGUGAUCGCACUGCAGGACAGGACCGGCAGUGGCCGCAUCACCUUCCAGCAGUUCAAGACCUUCAUGGUUAACCUGAAGUCCUGGCAGGGCGUCUUCAAGAUGUACACCAAGGAGAAGGCGGGCAUCCUGCGCGCGGAGCGACUGCGCGAUGCCCUCUGCGACAUCGGCUUCCAGCUGAGCACGGACAUCAUGAACUGCCUGAUCCAGCGGUACAUCCGCAAGGAUGGCACGCUCAGGCUCAGCGACUUCGUUUCAGCCGUCAUCCAUCUGACCACCGCCUUCAAUCAGUUCCAUCUGAAGAACUACGGCCAGGUGAACGUGAUCGAGGUGCAUCUGCACGACUGGAUUAAGAGCAUACUGAGCUGCUAAUCCACGCGGGCUUGGAACCCGCUCCACUGAAUUUCCAUCAAUAAUCUCUUUUUUUUUAAUCCUAAGAUUUAUAUACUGGUUAAGGAUGAUGGUGACGAUGCUGCUGAUCAAAAAAAAGGUAAUCAAAAGCCAGUUUCGCUUGAAAGAUGUCUUAGUUUCUUCUAUUUGAAAAUCAAAAGAAUGACUUUCUAAAUCAAAUAACCUACAUUAUGCUAAUCUUUAAAUUUCUUUCUGUAUAACUAGUUUCUGGAACUAGAGUUUAAGCCCAUAUCAAUAUUAUUUAUAUGGAAUCGAGCGAAAUGGGCAAUGCGAUUGCAGAUGUUUAUGUACUACUGAGAAUUUUAUUAUUAUUUAUUGUUCUUAUGGCUAACAAUUAAACGAGCGCUGAAGGCGAGACGUGUUCAGAGUAUUUUCAAAAUCUAUGUAUGUUUAUUUAUUCCUGACCCCAAACCGGGCGAGAAGGACUCCAAGUGGUAGGUCUAUAUGCAGAUACAAUAGUUGGCCUUUCCGAUCAGCGUUAGUUGGAUUAUCUGAUAUAGUUAUAGUUAUAGUUGCGGGUAUUAUUUAUAAAAGACGUGUGUGUAGUGUGUUUACAAGCGAGUAUGUUGUGCACGAGUAUUAUACAUGGUACACCAGCGGAUACAGUCCAUAGUAGGCCUAAAAGAUGAUCGCAUGUGCGUGGUUCUCUACAGUAAAAUGGGUAACGAUUCCAGGAACUGCAGUCCGGAACUCGGGAUGCUCAUGCUCAUGUGCGAUAGCUUCAUGUGGCGAACAUUUAUUUGGGUUCUUGAUUUCGGUUUCCUGGACGCACUGCGCUUGUGAUCCUCGAGAACAGCCCACACUUGUGCCUCACUCUUUAAAAUAGUCUAAAAUAUCACUACGAUCUGCAGUUAGUGAUGUGGACGACAUGGCCGGAUCUCUCCUCCAUCUCCGAGAUC